AUGAAGUACGUUGUUGUUUCCGGCGGUGUUAUCUCAGGUAUUGGUAAGGGAGUUUUAGCGUCCUCUACUGGGAUGCUACUGAAGACCCUAGGCUUAAAGGUUACUUCCAUCAAAAUUGACCCAUACAUGAAUAUCGAUGCAGGGACAAUGUCUCCCUUGGAACACGGUGAGUGUUUUGUACUCGAUGAUGGUGGAGAAACGGACUUGGACCUCGGUAAUUAUGAGCGCUACCUCGGUAUUACCUUAAGCAGGGACCACAAUAUCACCACUGGCAAGAUAUACUCUCAUGUGAUUGCCAGAGAAAGGAAAGGUGAUUAUCUGGGUAAGACCGUGCAAAUUGUACCUCAUUUGACUAAUGCCAUCCAGGAUUGGAUUCAGCGAGUUUCGAAGAUCCCGGUGGAUAACACAGGCUUAGAACCAGACGUCUGUAUUAUUGAACUGGGUGGUACUGUAGGUGAUAUUGAAAGUGCACCCUUUGUGGAAGCAUUACGUCAAUUUCAGUUCGAAGUGGGAAGAGAAAAUUUUGCUUUGAUUCAUGUUUCACUGGUACCUGUUAUUCACGGUGAACAGAAGACCAAACCCACCCAAGCAGCAGUCAAGGAUUUAAGGUCUUUGGGCCUUAUUCCUGAUGUGAUUGCCUGUAGAUGCAGCGAGGAACUCAACAAGAGCACCAUCGAAAAGAUCGCCAUGUUCUGUCAUGUGGGGCCAGAGCAAGUUGUCAACGUUCAUGAUGUUAACUCCACGUACCACGUGCCUUUGUUGCUGCUGAAGCAAUGUAUGAUCGACUAUCUCCAUUCGAGGUUGAAAUUAGGCGAAGUAUUUUUAUCUCCAGAAGACAAGGAAAGAGGAUCCUUGUUAUUGAAUAACUGGGAGAAUAUGACCAAAAACUUGGAUGAAUCUGACGAUAUUGUUAAGAUUGCCCUUGUAGGCAAGUACACUGACUUAAAGGAUUCGUACUUGUCUGUGACCAAAUCUUUAGAACACGCAAGUAUGAAGUGUCGUCGUCAAUUAGAAAUUCUUUGGGUGGAGGCAAGUAACCUAGAGCCUGAAACCCAAGAGGUCGACAAGAACAAGUUUCACGACUCAUGGAAUAAACUCAGUUCUGCCGAUGGGAUUUUGGUGCCUGGCGGGUUUGGCACGAGAGGCAUCGAGGGAAUGAUUCUUGCUGCCAAAUGGGCCCGCGAAUCUGGCGUCCCCUUUCUUGGCGUCUGUCUUGGCUUACAGGUUGCUGCUAUCGAGUUUGCCCGUCAUGUGAUAGGCCGCCCACACAGCAGCUCUACAGAAUUUUUGGAUGAAUCACUUUUGGCUCCUGAAGACCAGGUAGUUAUAUACAUGCCCGAGAUCGAUAAGGAACACAUGGGCGGAACAAUGAGAUUAGGGUUGAGGCCCACCAUUUUCCAGCCGAAUUCACAAUGGAGCCACGUAAGGAAGCUUUAUGGCGGAGUCAAUGAAGUGCAUGAAAGACAUCGUCAUCGGUAUGAAAUAAAUCCUAAAUUAGUGGACGAUAUGGAGUCACAUGGCUUUGUAUUUGUUGGUAAGGACCAAACAGGCCAGCGGUGCGAGAUAUUCGAGUUACGAGAGCACCCGUACUACGUAGGCACCCAAUACCAUCCAGAGUAUACAUCCAAGGUGUUAGAACCAUCCAGACCGUUUUGGGGGCUUGUGGCUGCAGCCUCCGGAAUUCUUGAUGAAGUAAUCAACGACAUAAAUGCAGCCGCAGGAAAUGAAAAUGAAAAUGAAUGA